AUGAUCUUGAUGGAAAAUGAUAUUCUCCCGAAAAUCAACAAUCUGGACAACAGCGGCAACAACAGUGACGAGGCACCAACUACGGCAACUAACGGUAGCGGCGAAGCAACAACCAACGACGAGGCAGUACCAGCGGCAAAUGUACGAUACGACCUUCAAAACUGUGAAGACGGGAUCCACAAUAUGAACACCAAUGCCACCGACAAUGUGGACACUGGCAUCGAAAAUACGGACAUUAAUGUGGUUGACAAUGUGGACAUUGGCAGUAUCAAAACUACGAUGGACAUUGAUGAUAAUAAUUAA